AUGGCCAACCUCAGCCACACGCGUCGUCGUCACUCGUAUAGUAACGUCACAACAAACGACAUCUUCCUCCACAAGCUGGCCGAAAUGAACGUGACCGAACCGGUGUCGCAAUUCGCUCCCCAAACCUACGACGCGGUAUGGGCGAUCGCGUUGGCCUUACGUGGCGCAGAACGAACGUGGACACAGGUGGCCCACCGGAACCGUACCCGGUUGGCCCAUUACGACUACACGCGGUUCGACAUUGCCCAGGAACUGCUCAGCCAGUUCGACAGCCUGAAGUUCAACGGGAUCUCCGGGCCGGUUUCGUUCGAUGGAGCCGAUCGCGUGGGAACCACUUCGUUCCAUCAGAUCCAAAGCGGACGGCUGCAGCUCAUUGCGUUCUACUAUCCGAAGAACAAUUCGUUGGAUUUCGGUUGCCCCAAGUGCGGUAUGGUGGAGUGGGAAUCUGGGCAGGUGCCGAUCGCGAAGCGCAGUUUGAGGCUUCGAGUUGACACCAUUUCUCCGCUGGCGUUCUACAUGGUGGUUGUGUUGUCGGUGGUGGGAAUUGGAAUCUCGCUGUUGUUUCUUGGACUGAAUCUACACUUCAGGAAACUCAAAGCGAUCAAACUGUCCAGCCCAAAGCUGAGCACGAUCACCGUUACCGGGUGUAUACUAGUCUACAUGGCCACGAUACUACUGGGACUCGAUCAUUCAACGCUACCGUGGUCAUCGGUGACCUUCUCGUCGAUCUGCAUGGCCAGAAUCUACUUUCUGUCGGCUGGUUUCUCGCUCGCAUUCGGAUCGAUGUUUGCGAAGACAUUUCGAGUCUAUCGACUGUUCACGCACAGCGCCGGGGGACUCUGUAAGGAUAAGAUCUUGAGGGAUACUCAGUUGAUCUCGGUGAUCGGUGCAUUGCUGCUGCUGGAUGCCUGCGUUGUGUCGUUCUGGAUGGCUGCGGAUCCAAUGGAGCGACAUUUGCAUAAUCUGUCACUGGAGAUCAGUGCUACCGACAGGACCGUGGUUUUCUUGCCGCAAGUCGAGCUGUGUCGAUCGAGGCAUUACGAGAGCUGGUUGGGAACGUUGUACGCAUACAAAGGUCUCCUGUUGCUGGUGGGUGUCUACAUGGCAUGGCAGACUCGGAAUGUGAAAAUUCCGGCUUUAAACGAUUCGCAGUACAUUGGAAUUUCAGUGUACAGCGUGGUGAUCACCAGUGCAAGCGUUGUAGUCCUAGCCAAUUUGUUGUACGAGAAAGUAACAUUGGCGUUCGUGAUCACGGCAGGUUUCAUUCUGAUCUCAACGACGGCAACGCUCUGCCUACUGUUUCUUCCGAAGCUGAAAGAUAUCUUCGAUAAGGGCGAAGUGUACGAUCCAGUUAUCCACAGUAUGGGACUCAAAGUGGAAUGCAAUACCCGGAGAUUUGUGCUGGAUGAUCGUAGGGAGCUGCAGUUCCGAGUGGAGGUUCAAAACCGAGUGUACAAGAAAGAGAUCGAGAUGCUAGACGCGGAAAUCGUUCGGUUAGAAAAACUCCUCAACGAAAAGUCUUCCAGAUCUUCGUCGCGAUCAUCUGACCCGAACGUAAAACCCCUGGAAAUGUCGGACCCCAGUACGACCAGUGGAUUGCCAAUGCUGCUACUGUCCGUGCUGCCCCCGAUCAUACCACGUGCGAGUUGGCCUUCCGUCGACCCUAUGCUAUCACCAAAGAAGCGAAACGUGACCUUCAGCUCUCAGCCGCGGAUUGAACUGGGUCGCGAUCGAAUAGGCUUAUCUGGAUAUCGAUCUUCGAGUAUAGAGGAAGGUGGAGGAGGUGUGCUAAACCGAAUCUGGAACCUGUUUGGACCACGAAUGCGCAAUACUACGUCCGUUUCAACGCUUGGAGGUUUGAACUUAGCCACAGUCUUGCCUUCGAAACUCACGAUCUUUGCGGAAGUGGACGCCGAAGAUGAAGUGUCGUCUAUGAGUGAUCGUAGACGAUCGGAUGUUUUUACGAUUAACCAGACAUCCGUCGAAGACCUACGCUUGACAGGGUCCGAACCGAAAGUGAACUUCAUGUUGCCUCCUGUUGUAGUGAAUCGACGAUCCUCGAUCGUACCAACCCUUCGGGAGAGGAUCAAAGGAUCUCCCAGAUUUCCGCACAGGGUUUGCCCGACCAGCAGCAUGUCGGAAUUGGCAGGCGAACGGGCGAAGAUCGGGUUUCUAACGGUGAAGAGCUGCGAGGUUUUGCAACGUAACAAUAACGAUCCCAAAUCGAAGUGGAAAUCGAUGGAUUCUUUCUCGAAGAAUGUCGAGCAGUGUUGAGUUUUGAGUGGUGACAAUGUAGGACCAAUAACUCGUAUAUAACUCGGUUAACAUUAGCUGAUAGAUGGUUGCAACUGAGUGCUGUGUUUCAUAGAAAGCAAUAAAAUAAAAUCGAAUCAAUGGUAGUUUGUG